UCAUAACACAUUCAAGUCGCAUCGCGCCCCGCGCAAUACCUCACAUCAAGGUCUCCACCAUGUUCCGAUGGCGUCCCGGAUCCCGUAUCCUCGAUAAUUUCCGAUUCCAAUCCCAGUUUCGCGCGUAUCGCAUAGGUGGCCGCGGUCCACAAUACCAACGCUUCGGGGGUGCCACAGCAUCGAACAUUCUGUACCGAUGGGCCGCAAGACCGACAUUCUAUAGGGACGUCGGGUUCAUAAGCGUGGGCGCGGGAGGAUUCUACUUAUACAACUUGGAGGAGGUGCCGGUCUCUGGACGGCGCCGCUUCAACAUCAUAAGCCCUCAGCUGGAGGCCUACGCUGCACAAGGCACCAUGGAACAGAUAAAGGAAGAGUAUAGGGGCAAAUUUCUACCUGAAUACGACCUGCGGGUCAGGCAGGUGAAGAAGGUUCUUGCAAGGCUACUACCAUAUGUAUCAGGAACUGGAUUAGACGACUUGAAUUGGGAGGUUCAUGUUAUCGAAAGCCCUGAGCAGAACGCUUUUGUGAUCCCUGGUGGUAAGGUUUUCGUCUUCACAGGCAUCCUUCCUCUGUGCAAAGAUGAGCAUGGCAUUGCUGCCGUUCUUGGUCACGAGAUCGCCCAUGUUGUUGCACAUCAUACCGCUGAACGGAUGAGCCAAGCUCCCUUGAUCCUGGUUGCGUGCGUUCUACUCUCAAUGUUCGACAUAUCUUUCUACUCGAGCAAACUACUGCUAGACCUCUUCCUGUCAUGGCCGGGAAGUAGGAAACAAGAGGCAGAGGCAGACUACAUUGGGCUUCUCAUGAUGGCGCAGGGCUGCUACAGACCUGAAGCUGCCAUGGAAUUCUGGGCACGGAUGGAGAAACUGGGCCAGCAAGCGCCUCCACAGGUCCUCUCGACACAUCCGUCAAACCACAAUCGAGAAGAGAAGAUUCGAGAGUGGCUUCCUCAGGCUCUCGAGAAGCAGCAGGAUUCAGACUGCCACAGCAUGAUGAGCUACGCGGAUCAAUUCGCGGCAUCGUUCGGACAACUUCGAUGGUGAUUUGAUCGACGGAGGCCCAGUUAGAAAUGUACGCAUAUUGUAACAUAUUUUAGAUAAUAUCACCCCACCCGAUCGUUACACGAUAACACGAAUCAUGAAUACUUUUUCCGCAACGUCACCCUCCAACCUAUCCUGUGCAAUAUCACAGAGCAGGAUACAGUAGGCUGCAUCUUGAAGUACAGGUACAACAGCUUAGUGGACCUUUUCUUUCCUUUUUAUUGCCUCUGGAUAUCUAGGCCAAUCCCGUUACACGAAAAGUCGAGUGAAAGCACCGCCUUGCAUGUACUAGUAUUCUGACAGCUGUGGCCGUGGGGGGAAUCAUCCACAUCGUGCAGUUCAGACUAGCCCAGUUGACUGCGACGUGCAGCAGGGGGUUUGAAGGUUGAAGAACUGAAAAAGGACAAUGUACAUACCCUGUACGCAGCGAGCCAACUUGCUCGAUUUCUUUCGAGUCAUAUAUAGGAUAGGGA